UGCAACUCGCAAGAGUACCUUCCUCCCGGUAGUCCGGUACUAAGGUACACGGGAGUGUACCUAAAAAUUUGCGCUACAGUCAUCAGCUUUACUAAAAUCUUUUAAAACCAUUCUUCCCCCUAUUCCCCGCCUUUUUCCGUUUCCGCAUAUCUCCGGGACUCUGAGCUUCACAAAAUUGCUGGCGGCAGAUUUCUCUCUCCCCCGAAUCGUUUUUCGUUCGUCGAAGCUGUUCUCCGUUGAAAUCAAUUGAAAGUUUUUUGGUUCAUUAAGUCGUUGCAAUAUGUGUAAUUCUGAGAAGAAUGCAACAGUGACAAAACCCUAAUUUUGAGUCCUUUGAUCGUGUUUUUGGGUGGAAUAUGGCAGUAGAUUUGCAUUUUGAAGAAUCGUUGCUUCGACAAUUGAAGCUAGAAGAUCCAUGGCUUCCUCCUAAACCCUGGGAGUCUGUCCCUUCCGAAAGCGGCGCGUCAGUUUCUCUCUCCACAAAUCAUGUUUCUGCCCAUGGCUCUCUUUAUGACAUUUCCUCCGUUUCAGAGGCAAGCUUGGUGCGCCUGGUGUUGAAUGCAUUGCAAGGUGUGCAGUCAGCAGUUGUAAGUAUUGAGCAGCUCUCAAAGUUAUUUUGCGCAGAUCCUGCUGACAGAUCUGGUCAUCGAGUUCCAACUCUUUGGAAUAGAUCUUUAAGCACAUGUGCAUUGGGAAAGAUGCUAAAAUCUAUUGGCUUUUCUGGUUCCCUGGUUAUACUUCUUCAUAAGUUUGUAGAUUAUUUUACCAAUUCAAGUUUUGCUAGUGGCAUGAUGGAGAUAGGACUAGCAAAACCUGGAUCAGCUGGUACUGAUAUGGGGCAUCCUCCCCAAAGCCUUGUUAAUCAGGCAUUUGCAGUUGCUGUUCGAACAGUAUUGGAAGGAUAUUUAUGCGCAUUAGAUACAUUAAAUGUGUCAGUGAAUUUGAGGCGGUAUUGCAAUGAUGUCAAGUCAGUAUCCAAGGCUUCACAACAAGGUAGUCUCACAAGCAUCUCACAUUCUGAAGCCACCUUGCUGGAGACUUAUCUUCACACGAAUGAACUGAGAACUCAAAUUCAGGUGCUUGGGCAUCUUUGUCUUUUAAGUGAUUCGGCUCUCUGUUUCUCAGUAAGUUCCUUUGAGGAUCUGAUUGUCAAAGCAAGUGCGGAAGUUCAUAACUUCCCUAGGGGAGGGAAGUUGCUCACUUUUCUUUAUAAACAACUGCAGGCUGUCGAUCCGGCUCACUGCAGUCUUCUUAAGUUCCUUUUUCUGCGGUCACUUGAACCAUACUGUAGAUUCAUCAGAUCGUGGAUUUAUGAGGCCAAGAUUAGUGACCCAUAUGGCGAGUUUGUAGUAGAGUAUUCCGCAGAUCCUCCACCUAAUUCACAUGGUAAAGCUGGCAUCCCUGUUGACUUCCCAUUGGCAUCUAUUAGGGAACAAGAUGGAGUUUCUAUUCCUUGUUUUCUUGGAGAUGUUUUAAUUCCAUUGCUGAGAGCAGGCCAGCAACUGCAAAUGGUUAUGAAAUUGCUUCGACUGUGCAAUUAUGUUCAUGCUGGAGAAGAUACGUUUGAGGAUAUCCUUCCAUGCUCAAGUGACUUCUGUAGUGGUGAAAUUUCUGUUUUUCCUUUAAGUUUCAAUAAAGGAGAAAUUGAAGCCAUUGUACUCUCAAGGAAGAACUUCUACUGCAAGAUGCAUGAAAAACUUGAUAAAUUUAUGGACACUUUAAACAUUAAGUAUCGUCAGGCAGUUUUGUAUGACGCAGCCUCUGUUUGUACCAGUUAUAUUGGAGGAAACAUAGAUGUUCAAUAUCCUUCUAAUUUGGAUGAGACUCUGGAUUUCGCUUCAGCUGCUGAUAAAAGAGAUCUAAAUCAGGAUAUAGAGGUCUCUAGCAUGGAAGAGGAUUUCUCUUAUGCAUUGGAUGCUCUGGAGCCUUCUGAAUGUUCAUCGACUAAUGAUUCGGAUGAGCAAAUUGAUGCUGGACGGUCACUUGAUGUUCAUGAUAGAUUGGCAUGGUCUGAACCAAAUUAUUUAUCUUCUUUGUGUUUCUCUAGCCUCUCUUCUGGAAAACCUUUGGAAGAGGUUUCUCUAAUUAAACAACCACCCUCUAUGCAUAAUGACUUCAUAGAUCCUUGCUCUGAGAAGGGUACCAUCAGGAAACAUGAUGCUUCAUGCACAGAGCUAGUUCAGAUGUCGAGACCUUGGAUAUCUGAAAUUCAAUAUUCCGAUGAAGUACCUCUUCUUGGAUGGCCUCUAGGGGGUCUCAAUAAAAAUCCUUUAAGCAUCAACCAAACUUUCAAAGAUGACAUAAUUUCGCGUGUUAGUGGCAGAGAUCAGGAUAUGAUCAUGCCAAGUAUUAGUAAGCAAUCUGCACCUGAGAGUAUAUUGAUUCGUAAUGAAGGUCAGGGGGAUGAAUUUUCCUCAUCAAGUUCGUAUCUCGUUCAGUCAUGGAAUGCUAGAUACUCCAGCAAUGUUCUCAGUAUGAACCCCAUGCUGACAAAAAAUGCUUUUCUUCACGAUGUAAACAAACACAGAGAGAGCUUGUCCAAAGUUAGCAAAAGUUUCCCUUUAUUUGACUUUUUGUCAGCCACUGACCCUUUCAAGGUGUACAACAGAAGGAUAUCUGUUGACCAAAGGCACCAUAAUGAGCAUGACCUUUUUCCCUUCACUGAUACUGAAACUUCAGCUGUUGGGAAUGUUAACGUCUCUGGAAGGAUGCAGAAGGCGGAGGAUGUCCGAUUAGAUAAGGAUCAUAUGGACCAAUCUGGGUCUUCUUUGAAACCGAAGAACAAUUUAGAGGCCCAUCUGAAAAAUCCAUGUGGAGGGGGUCGCUGGCAAGUAUUGCUCUGUGGAUCUCCCAGAGGGGACCAUGAUACUAAUAGAGAGCCUGAGGAUGGCAAAGAGGCUAUGUUUGAAAUGCCACUUGAUUUUAUUAUUGACAAAUGCCUGAUGCAGGAGAUUAUGUUACAAUACAUCUAUGUAAGCAGGCUGAGUAUCAAGUUGCUGGAAGGAGGUUUUGAUCUGAAGGGGCAUUUUCAUGCUCUGCGGCGGUAUCAUUUUAUGGAAAUAGCAGAUUGGGCAGAUUUAUUUGUUACCUCUCUCUGGCAUCAUAAAUGGUAUUUUACUGAGGCAGAUCAGAAAAUUCCAGAAAUUCAAGGGCUACUUGAGUCAUCAAUCCAGAGGUCUUCAUGUGAGAGAGAUCAUACUAAGGACCGCUUAUAUGUUUUUGUGAAAAAUACGAAUAAGACUCCCUUUUCAACUACAGCACUUGGGCUCCAUUCAUUUGAUUUUAUAGGGCUUGGUUACAGAGUCGAUUGGCCAGUGACUAUCGUGUUGACCCCAAAUGCAUUGAGAAUAUAUGCCGAGAUAUUCACUUAUCUCGUACAACUCAAGCUUGCUGUUCUGUCUUUGGCUGAUGUGUGGUGUUCCUUGAAGGGUUUUAAGCAUCUAAUCAGUGACACUGGCGAACAGCAUCAGCUGGCGAGGACUAAAUUUAACUGCAUUGUAAAAUUGAGGCACCAGGUUAAUCAUUUUGUAUCUACGUUGCAGCAAUAUGUGUUAUCACAGUUAUCGGAUGUAUCCUGGUGUAGAUUCUGCUUCUCCCUUAAGCAUGAGGUCAAAGAUAUGAUGGAUUUAGAAUCUGUGCAUAUGGCCUACCUGACAGAUUCAUUGCGCAUAUGUUUCCUAUCUGAUGAAACUCUAUCCAUUUCAAACAACAUUGAGAAAAUUUUGCAAUGUGCCCUUGAUUUUCGAUCAUGCCUUGCCAAUGGACUGGGAGAUUUUAAAUCUGACAACCAGAGUUUAAUAGACCAUAUGUCACAGAUCAAUAUUCCUCAGGCAGUUCUGAUCAAGAAAAAAUUUGAAACAAAUCUAAAUGAAUUACAUUCAUCUUAUCUCAAAUCUUCUAAGCACGGGGAGUUCGGCCUUCCUCGGUUUUGGACCUGCCUGAAUUACAACGACUAUUACUCAGAUGGUUUUGGUAAUCAUAUGUGCACGACAUUCUCUUGGUAGAUGAAUGACUUGAAAGAGCUAAUCGUAAUUGGUUGUGUUGGGAGUUUGAUCGUGGAAUCUGAUCAUCCGGUGUGUUUUUCUGUAACCUUUCUGGGAUUGUAUUGUAAAUCCUCCUUUUAACAGUUCCAGUGGCUUUGAGUUCAUAUCUAUGAAUUGGUGUAAUUGAUUUCUGUAGUUGAGUUCUACGUGCAAUUGUCUUUUAUGCAAUACAUGAAUGCAAUCAGUUUAGCUGGUAUUCGGAAAGCUUCCUCGUGUUACGAAGUAUUUGAUCAAGUUUGUGAAUUAAACCACCACCUUGUCCUUAUACGUAGUACAUGUUCAAAAAGUGUACAUGUCUCCUAUAUAUCUCAUGAAAAAUACUUUGUACAAUGAAUAUACAAUGAUGAUUUUUUGCCCAUUACUUCAA